AUGAGUGUUUCUGAGGCCAAUCUUCAAACUGAAGACUUUAUGGCAGCUUUCAACCUCACACCCUCUGAUCAGUCAAUGUUUAUCCUAAUGGGCAUCCCUGGCCUGGAAUAUGCCCACAUCUGGAUUUCCAUCCCUUUUGCUAUAUCCUACUUUAUCAUACUGCUGGGAAAUGUCACAGUUUUGUUUGUGGUAGGCAAAGAUCAGACCCUGCAGAAGCCGAUGUACCUACUGAUCUGCAUGCUGGCACUCACAGACAUUGUCAUAUCCACCUCCAGCUUGCCGAAGGCCCUGUGUAUAUUUUGGUUCAACUGGAAAGGCAUUACGGUGGCUGGUUGCCUCACCCAGAUGUUCUUCCUUCACACUGUUUCUUUUACGCAGUCAGCCAUUCUGGUGACAAUGGCCUUUGAUCGUUACGUGGCCAUAUGUAACCCCCUCAGAUAUGCCACCAUCCUCACCAACACAAGAGUGGCUCAGUUAGGGUUUGUAGGUUUGAUGCGAGCUGUCCUCCUUAUGCUGCCUCUGCCCCUGCUCCUGAGUAGGCUGUCAUUCUGUGCCAAGCGCAAUAUCACCCAUACGCAAUGUGAGCACAUGGCUGUGGUUAAGCUGGUGUGCGGGGAUACCACAGUCAACAGGAUGUACAGUUUGGUGGCAGCAUUUGCAGUCAGUGGAUUAGACCUGAUGCUCAUUGCUCUGUCCUAUGGUCUCAUCAUCAGGGCCGUCCUCAGAAUGUCCUCCAGGAAAGCCCACCAGAAAGCCCUCAACACCUGCACUGCCCAUGUCUGUGUGAUGCUGACCAGUUAUACGCCAGGCUUCUUCACCAGCUUGACACAUCGGUUCGGUCAGGGCAUCGCUCCCCAUACUCAUGUUAUUUUAGCCAGCCUCUAUCUCCUCAUCCCUCCCAUGCUCAACCCCAUUAUUUAUGGGGCCAAAACCAAAGAGCUUCGUGACAAAGUGAAUAAAUUCAUCUGCAGAAUGUGA